UAGUCUAUCCUCUUUGCAUUGAAUAAUCCAACGAUUCAUUUGAUCACUCGAGUGUGAGCUGUCGUCAGAGGUAUAAGUUAAUUCGAAGAUCAAUUUUUUAAAAAAUGGUUAAAGCAGUCUGUGUACUCCAGGGUGAUGUCAAGGGGACCAUUUUCUUCGAGCAGGAGAAUGACUCGGCACCAGUGAAGGUCACCGGUGAAGUAGCCGGUCUUGCCAAGGGUCAACAUGGCUUCCAUAUCCACGAAUUCGGGGAUAACACCAACGGAUGCACAAGUGCUGGACCGCACUUCAACCCUCUGGGGAAAGAACACGGUGGACCAACUGAUGGUGUACGUCAUGUAGGUGAUUUGGGUAACGUUGAAGCUGGUACUGAUGGCGUUGCCAAGGUCAACAUCUCUGACAAACAGAUUCAGCUCCAAGGGGCUCACAACAUCAUCGGCCGAACUCUCGUGGUCCAUGCUGACAUUGACGAUUUGGGAAAAGGUGGUCACGAGCUCUCCAAAACCACUGGAAAUGCUGGGGCUCGUCUUGCCUGCGGUGUGAUCGGUAUCACCAAAUAAAAUUACAAAUAAAAAUCCCAGGAAUAAUUUUAAAAAAAUAUUAACCUGUAACGUUCAUCACUACUUUCAAAGUAGUGAAUUAAAAAUGAUCUAUCAUUCCUGAAA